AAAAAAAAACCUGCUAUCGUACGCGGCAUGGUGGUUUAGCUGGAAACGCCAGAGAUGGGUGGAAGAGGCCUUUAGAAAAAGAAGUAUACUCCGCCUAAGGGGGGUACUUCCAAGAAGACUUUUGGUUUGACAGAUGAUAAUGGGGGGCGAAAGAGUGUUACAAUUGAAGAGACCAUCAAAGUCCAAGUUGAGGUUGUGAAGCUUGUUGCUCGAGAUCUUAACUAGAUGGGUUUUAAGAUUGAAGAGUUAGGGCAUUUGAAGUCAGAUCUAGCUACUACAAGAGUGGAUGUUGCGGGGAGCUUGUUAGAGUUGGCAGGUAGUGGUCGAGUUUGUGGGGCUGUGGAUCAUGGCUCGGCGCAAGAUUUGAAGAAGAGCGAUGUUGUUGCUUUGGAUGGGAAAGUAGAUAAGGGGAACAAAGAGAUGAACUCGGAGACCCAGCCUUCUAUCAUUCAAAUGAAUCUAUUUUCUGGGAAAAGGAAGCUAGUUCCUCUGAAGCCAUUACGUAGUUGGUCUGCUGUUGUUGAAGGUAAUAGAGACAUCGGGAAGGGGUGGGAUUUGCAGUAUGUGAAACCUCACGAUCCUACUGGUGCUGUGGUCAUUACUGAAGAUGAAUGGGUUACAAGAUCUAAGAUAUGGGAGAAUGCUCUUGUUGGGUAUGUUUUGAGAUUCAAACCUGCAUUUAAGGAUAUGGCUAAUUUUUUGAACAAUAGGUGGAAGGAAUUUCAGGUGCUGAAGGUGUUUGUGCUGAGGAAUGGAGUUUUCUUGUUUGAUUUUUCAGAUGGGGACGCAAAGCAGGCGGUGCUGGAGAAACGGUGGACAUUUAAUGAGCAUCCUCUGAUUUUGAAACAGUGGACUCCAGAUUUUGAUCUUGACAACUUGGAUAUUAGUAAAAUUCCUCCUAUGAGAUGUGGUACAUGUAGGAAUCUUGGGCAUGAGGAAAGGAAAUGUACUGCUAAGGCUAAAAAGGUGUGGGUUUCUAAAAAAUUGGUAGAGGAGCAGGUGGUCAAACAAGUGGUGAGCUCAAGAACUCUAGUGGGGAAUGAUGAAGUGCAAGAUACUAUGAUGCAAACUGUUGAUAAUUCAGCAAAUGUGAAACAGAGUACACUCCUUCAACCUUCUGGUAAGAUGAUAUUGAAGAGUAAUGGGCAGUGUCUAGUGCAAUCAGGAUUGGAAGUUAUGAGUCUGGUAAAUUUGCAGAAUGAGACUGGUACUAGCACUAGUGACAAAGAGAUGAUGCAGAAUGUAGCAGGUGGAACACCCUCUGUAGAUGUUAAGAAGUUUAUGAUUUCAAAUAAAGUUCAGUUUUUAGCUUUAUUAGAAACUAGAGUUAAGGAAGAGAAUAACAAUCGGGUUGUGCAAAAGCUUGGUAGUCAAUGGGGAUGGUUGAAUAAUUAUUAUUCUCAUUGCAAUGUUGAAGGUGUUAAAUUUUUAUGCACUAUUGUCUAUGCUUUUAACUCAUUUGAUGGUAGGGUAGCAUUGUGGGAAAAAUUAAGAGCACUCGACGUUGCUAGUGUGCCGUGGAUAAUUUUUGGGGACUUUAAUACAACUUUGCAUUAUGGUGAAAGGGUAAAGCUUAGUGGAGUUGUUUGGGGAGAUACUUCUAAGCUUUUUCAUUUUGUGAGUAGUAUGGAGGUUAUUGACCUGCAAUUUUCUGGUGCUUUUUUCACUUGUUGCAAUAAGCAGGUGGAGAAUCACAGAUUGUGGUGCAAACUAGAUAGGGAAUUAUUUGGCAAGACUAAAGAAGGUAUUCAGGUGGCUAAUGUGAAUGUCAUUCAACAGGGCAGAGUGUUAAUUGCUGAAGAGGCGGAAGAGUUAUGCAGACCAUUCACUGUUAAGGGUGUGGAGAUUGCCCUAUUCUCAAUUCCAUCAAAUAAGUCGCCAAGGCCUGAUGGGUUUACUUUAGGAUUCUACAAAAUAGCUUGGUCUAUUAUUAGGAAUGGUGUCAUUGUUGCUGUUUUGGAUUUCUUUAAUAGUGGGAAGCUCUUCAAGCAAAUUAAUGAUAUGAAUAUUAAUAUUGUUCCAAAGAGGAUUAAGGAAGUGUUAAGCAUGUUCGUUAGUUGUAAUCAAGCUGCAUUUGUGAAGGCGUGGGAUGAUAUACGUGUGCCAAGGAAUGAGGGGGGACUAGGGGUUAAGCAGUUGCAGCACUGGAAUAAGGUUGCAUUGGGAAAACUGAUUUGGAACAUAUGCCAAAAUAAAGAGUCUCUAUGGGUUAGGUGGGUGAAGGUGGUGCUUUUGAGGGGUGAAAACUUUUGGAGGUCCCAAAUUCCUGUGGAUUGUGCUUGGACAUGGAGACAAGUCUACAAGCUUCGUCCUUGGUUGAAAAAUGUCAUUUGGAUGCAAGUGGGUGAUGGAAGACAAGUUUCUUUAUUCUAUGACUGGUGGGCAAGUGAGGAAAGGUUCUGUGAGUUGAUCUCAAAUGCUGAAAUUGCUUUUUGGGCUCAUUCUCUUAUGGUUUGCCAAUGGUGGGAUGGGUUGGAUUGGACUAUUCCAGAUUGUUUCAUGAGAAGGCAUCCCAUACUAGUUAGGAUUAUCAAGAGUAAAAAAUUGUCCCAACAAAUUGAUAAGGUUGUGUGGAAACCUGCAAAGAAUGGCUUAUUUACCAUUUCGAGUUGCUAUGAGUUUUUAAGAGUGAAACAUCCUAAGGUUGAAUGGCACAAUAUUGUUAGGGCAAGGACUGGGAAUAGAGAAAGGGUGUUGCUUGUGCUGUAGAUACGAGGAAACUUGUGAGCACUUGUUUUUUUAUUGUAGUUUUGCUAAGGAAGUGUGGAGGCUGGUUUUAGAAUUUUUGAAUGUUCAACGACAGUCGAAAAGAUGGAGUGUUGAGUGGCUUUGGCUAAGAAAGGCAUGUAAGGGUCAUUCAGUUCAGCCAAAGAAAUUGAAGACUGCCUU